GAGUUUCAAUCAGGUAAUUGUGGAUGAGAAUUCUGCGUGAAGUCUACUGUUCACAGAACUACUAGUUUGUGUUAGCAUUAAAAAGGCUGAAAAGUAAAUAGGCCUAUUAAAAGUGUUUUAUAGAAGUUAUCAUUAGUUUUAGUAAUAUUCUCAAAUUGGGGAAUUCCAUAUUAAUGGAGAAGGAAGUAGGGAAUCUUUAUUUGGAGGAGAAGGAAUGAAAAUAUAAUCAGGAGUGUUGACUUAUAUAUCGAGAAUUAAAUAUCGAUAUAAAUAUUCGAUAGUUCGACUGCCAUCUUUCCGCAUCUUUAAUCCAAAGCCCAAAACAAAAACUUUGUUAUAGGUUAUGUACAGAUUAUUAAGAAUUAUGAUUUAAUGUAGGAAGAACAUGAGUACUUACUUUUCCAUGUAUUUCAAUAUCGAAAAAUCCAUUUUCAAGUUUUAAAAACCAAGUCGUAAAGAGCAGUUUAUUCGACAAGCAGCAAUGAGCAGCAGUAAUGAAAGUGAAGAUGAAACAACUGGAGUAUUGAAAGUGCCUUUUCCAGUUGCAAUGUGGGACAUGGAACACUGUGACCCGAAAAAGUGUUCUGGCCGAAAACUAGCAAGACAUGGUCUUGUCAAAACCCUUCGUCUGAACUCGCGUUUCUCUGGCAUUGUACUCACUCCUGUUGGCCAAAAGUGCGUAUCUGCUGCAGACCGUGAGGUGGUGGCGCGCCUGGGCGCCGCAGUGGUGGACUGCUCGUGGGCGCGCAUCGACGACACCCCCUUCGGGCGCAUGAAGGCCUCCCACCCGCGCCUGCUGCCUUUCCUCGUAGCCGCCAACCCCAUCAACUACGGCCGCGCCUGCCAGCUGUCCUGUGUCGAGGCCCUUGCCGCGACUUUCUACAUAACUGGUGCCUCUUAUUUCCAUAUGAGCGUUUUACUUCUGUCUGGGUAAUGAAUUGAGUGUGUGUGGAUAGUUGUUGAGAUAAUCCAGCGGGAUUCAAACUCAUGACCAAGAAGUGCUAGCAGACUGAAGAUUCUAACCGUCCGGACCACUAGACCAACUACUUCAUCAAUACAGGCAUACAAAUUCGGUUAAACCAACCUGGCCGGCUUAUUCCAUCAAUACACGCACAUAUUAAGUUUUCGUGCUGUAUAUUACUGGGUCCCAGUUACAUCAGCUAAUUCUAAUCUGAAAUAGAUAAGAACCAUAACUCUCUAGUGUCCACUACUCAACAGUUCUACUCGAUCAAAAUGGUUCACAGAUGGUCGUUAAAAAAAUAUUUUUCCGAUAGAGCUUGAAAGAAUGACAGAAAAAACGUAAGAAAUAUUUAUCUCUUUCCUGUAUAGGGCUACUUGUA